CAACACACUACAUUACAUUUAACAGUCGCUUUUAUCCAAAGCGACUUCUGACAAAUGAGUGGUUAAGGAUGAAAGAUACUCGUUCUUGAGCAACGAGCUGGAACGGAAUUUGGACAAAAUGAUUUUAAAUCAUAUUCAAAGGCAAUUGAAUUGAUGAAGAAAUGUCGUCAGACACCAUGUGUCAAAGAUGAAAGAAACCAUCUAUAUAGGUAUUAACGUACAGUAUGUAAAGGUUGACUACGUCUGACGCUGAACCCUACAAAUCCCAAGAUGCGUUUCGCCCCCACGCCAGGUAUACCACGUGACCGGAGCCGCCGUGCCAAUAGCGGGCUGUUUACAAACAGUCAUAGCGGUGUAAUAACAGAGCAGGAUGGACGUUGACAACGACGUCGCGUACGCUUUCGGUGACAUUGGUUGCUGGUCAGAGAGGACGGAGGUCCACAAGGCAGCCUCCCUUGGCCAGGCCUCCCAGCUGCAGCGCCUCAUCGACAGCGGAGCUUCGGUCAACGUGGUGUCAGUGGACUCCAUCACGCCACUGCACGAGGCGUGUGUCCGCGGCCAGGCGGAGUGUGUUCGGCUGCUCCUGGAGGCCGGAGCUCUGGUGGAUGCGAGGAACGUGGACGGCAGCACGCCGCUGUGCGACGCCUGUUCGGCCGGCAGUUUGGAGUGUGUGAGGAUCCUGCUGGAGCACGGGGCCAAAGCCAACCCCGCCCUCACGUCACGCACCACCUCACCUCUACACGAGGCCUGCAUGGGAGGGAACGUCCACUGUGCCGAGCUGCUGAUCGCCGUGGGCGCUUGUCUGGAGGCUUACGACCUUUACUACGGAACGCCACUGCACAUGGCCUGCGUGAGCGAACGGAUGGACUGUGUUAAAGUGCUGCUGAACGCAGGGGCUAAAGUCAAUGCUACCAGGCUACACCAAACCGCGCUACACCACGCUGCUAAAACCAGGCAGGUGGAGAUGAUAGAGAUGCUGGUGGAGUUUGGAGCCAACAUCUACGCCAGAGAUCAACACGAGAGGAAACCUGUGGACUACACGAAACCGGGGACUGCCGCAGCGGACUGUCUCAAGUUUUAUGAGAAUAAUCCCAUGAGUUUGCAGCAGCUCAGCAGGCUGUCAGUGAGGAAGAGUCUGGGGACCAGCGCCCUGAAGACCGUGGUUCACCUGGACAUUCCAAAGGCGCUCAUCAACUUCCUCUGUUAUAAAUAAGAGCCCCCCCUCGAGGUCGAAGUUGGAACUGGACGCUCAAGAAAAGAGUGAACAUUUUCAGAGUUGCCAACAAACAACAACCGGUCAAGAUCAGGGUUCUACAGACAAAAAAAAAAAAAAAACACACACAAAAAAAUGACACCAACACAGGGAAACAUCUGUUGUUUCUCAGUGUGGCCUCCAGGUGGCAGCUUCUCUGAGUUCAAUAUGAUUUAGAGAUUAAUUUAGUUUGAUACAAUAAAAACAAUGUACUAUAUGCACAAAUAUAUGUCGGGGUCAAAUAUAUACCACUGUAUGGCACAGUA